UUCCACUGUCUGAUGGAGAUGAACGACCUCUCAGUACAUCAGGAGAUCCAAGAGUUCCUGAAGUCAGAGAACAGAUCAGAGAGACUCUCUGAGAUCCACUGCUCAGCUCUGGCCUUCAUGCUGCAGAUGUCAGAGGAGGUUCUGGAUGAGUUGGACCUGCAGAAGUACAACACAUCAGAGCAGGGACGACAGAGACUGAUUCCAGCUGUGAGGAACUGCAGAAAGGCUGGACUGACUCACUGUGGACUCUCAGAGGCUCACUGUGAAGUUGUGGCCUCAGCUCUGAAGUCCAACCCCUCCCAUCUGACAGAGCUGGACAUGAGCGAGAACAAGCUUCCGGGUUCAGGAGUGAAGCUUCUGUGUGCUGGACUGGAGAGUCCAAACUGUCGACUGGAGACUCUGAGAUUGCAGAGCUGUGGUUUGUCAGAUAUUGGCCUUGAUUAUCUGGCAGCAGCGCUGAAGUCCAACCCCUCGUAUCCCACAGAGGUGGACCUGAGUGGAACCUACAGCAACCUGAAGGAUCCAGGAGUGAAGCAUCUGUGUGGUUUCCUGAAGAGUCCACGUUGUCGAUUUGAAACUCUGAGGUGCAGAUACAAAUAUGACAAGUAUCAGUGUGAGAUACAAAAGGUCACAUCAGUCAGCAGAGGGAACAGUGAUCACACAGCAAUGUACGAAUAG